GGGAACCUUUUAUUUUUGAAUUGUGUCUUUUGAAAAGUCUAUUUUGGGUGUGGUGGCACAUCCCUGUAAUCUCAGUCCUUGGGAAGUGGAGGCAGGAAGAUCAGAUAUUAAAAGUUGGUGUGGUUACACAGUAAGUUUGAAGUCAGCCUGAGUUACGUGUGACCCUGUUUCCAAAAGCAGUCAAGCUUAAAGGUGUCUGUGGCUUUUCUAAAUUAAACUACUAAUUAUUUAUCAGCAUCAGAUACUAACAAGAUUUUGUAAGAUGUGCUCACAGAGUCGGCCUGAGAAGGAUGUGGGCAGUUAGCUAUUAUUCACCCCUGUGUGGCCAGGGGUGCUUUAAAACUAUGAUUAAAAAGGCAGGCGUGUUUUGUGGUUUUCUUCUUGUUGUAGUAUAGGCAGCUUUCCUUUCUGCUGCUCAGAGGUGGGAUCCUGGAGAGCUGGGAAUGGGGGAGUGGCCUGUUUGAGUGUGUCACUUUCUCAUGUGCAGUGGCCUGGGGAGUGGUGGUUUGCGUGUUUGUGGAGCUGUUUUAGAUCAAAAUGAAAACAUUGAGACACUGGGAGAGACCCUGUGCACUUGAACUUUGGACUUUGGGCCCAAACAAUAUAGCAAGACUCUGCCUCCCACAACAAACUACGUAAGACGAUCCCUUUAAUUUACGGAGUUGCUCUUUGUAUUUGUAGAAGUUUGGUCCUGGAUUCCCUCAGACAUGAGAGUUCGUGGGUGCUUAAGUCUUAUGAAAUGGCAAUUUGUAUAUAACCUGGCACACUCUCCUGGGGUACAUUUAGUUUGUUGUUGUUGUAUGAGAGUCUGGUGUAGCUGAUGCUGGCUUUGAACUCCUGGUCUCCUGCCUUACCCUCAUAAGUAAGUCCUGGGAAUAGAGCUGUACACCACCACUCACGGCUCCCUCUUGUGUGCUUUAAUAAUCUCUCCUUUACUUACCAUGCUCACUUGCUACAGUGUAGACACUGUGUAAAUAGUUGUUAUACUGUAUUGUUUAAGAAAGAAUAGCAAAAGGUAGUCUGCAAUGUUUGUUAGGCACAGGCAAGUUUGGUUUCCUUUUUUAAAAUUUUUCAUUUUAUUUUGUAUGUGUGUGUAUCUGCAUGUAUUUCUAUCAUAUGUGUGCCUAGUGCCUGAGAAGAUGGGAAGAGAGCGUUAGAUCCGCCAGAACUGGAGUUACAGAUGAUUAUAUGAGAAAUGAGUGUUGGACGUCGAAGAAUAAAGUUGUUGGGUAUCCUGAUGAUGGCAAAUGUCUUCAUUUAUUUGAUCGUGGAAGUCUCCAAAAACAGUAGCCAAGAAAAAAAUGGAAAGGGGGGAGUAAUAAUACCCAAAGAAAAGUUCUGGAAGAUAUCCAGCCCUCCCCGGGCGUACUGGAACCGAGAACAAGAGAGACUGAACAAGUGGUACAAUCCCAUUCUGAACAGGCUGGCUAACCAGACAGGGGACUUGUAUAUGUCUCCUAACACAAGUCAUCUGGGCUACUGUGAACCAGACCCAAGGGUCAUGACAGCUGUGACAGAUUUUAAUAAUCUGCCGGACAGAUUUAAAGACUUCCUCUUGUAUUUGAGAUGCCGAAAUUACUCACUGCUUAUAGAUCAACCGAAGAAAUGUGCAAAGAAACCUUUCUUACUGCUGGCAAUUAAGUCCCUCAUUCCACAUUUUGCCAGAAGGCAAGCAAUUCGGGAGUCUUGGGGCAGAGAAUCCACCGUGGGGAACCAGACAGUAGUGAGAGUCUUCUUGUUGGGCAAGACACCCCCCGAGGACAACCACCCUGACCUUUCAGACAUGCUGAAGUUUGAGAGUGAGAAGCACCAGGACAUUCUCAUGUGGAACUACAGAGACACAUUCUUCAACCUGUCCCUGAAGGAAGUGCUGUUUCUCAGGUGGGUGAGCACUUCUUGUCCAGACGCAGAGUUUGUUUUCAAAGGUGAUGAUGAUGUGUUUGUGAACACUCAUCACAUCCUGAAUUACUUGAAUAGCUUAUCCAAGAACAAAGCCAAAGAUUUGUUUAUAGGUGACGUGAUCCACAAUGCUGGGCCUCAUCGGGAUAAGAAACUGAAGUACUACAUCCCAGAAGUCUUCUACACUGGGGUCUACCCACCGUACGCAGGGGGAGGUGGAUUCCUGUACUCUGGCCCCCUGGCCCUGAGACUGUACAAUAUAACUGACCGGGUCCACCUCUACCCCAUAGAUGAUGUUUAUACUGGAAUGUGCCUUCAGAAACUGGGCCUUGUUCCAGAGAAACACAAAGGCUUCAGGACAUUUGAUAUUGAAGAGAAAAAUAAAAAAAAUAUUUGUGCAUAUAUAGAUCUAAUGUUAGUACAUAGCAGAAAACCUCAAGAGAUGAUUGAUAUUUGGUCUCAGUUGCAAAGUCCUAAUUUAAAAUGCUAAGGUACAUCUGCGCUACCUACGUUUCACACAGAGGCCUAUCCUGUCUAGUUCCCACAUUGUGCUUUCACAGUAGGGCAACUUCUGUGUGAAGCCAUCAGCCUUGAUGAGUAGCAUCUGGGCCUUCAAGCCCUUCAGUUCCACACCUUUGUGGCCAGAGAAAAGCUGAAGAUAAUUCACCAUGGCAGGAUGAUUAGUUCUGACCCUUCUUCUGGCUGCCGGUCCUCAGUUUCUAAUUUUUCCUUCUCCAAAAUCAAGUUUAGAAUUUGACCAUGAAGAUCUUUUUUUGUCCUUGUAAUGGUAUACUCCUGUUUCCAUUAUAACUGAUUGGCUAAUUUUGAUUUUGUAGGGCAUGAUCUGGUGUUUUUGUGAAAUGGAAUUAUGUUUGUUUUCAUAAGAUUUUGGUGGAUUUUUAAAAUUGUCUAGAAAGUAGACUGAUGUCAAAAUUCCUGUCACCCCAACAGUAUUCUCCUUGUUAUUAGAACCCGUCACUUUCUUGACAAAGGAAAGUCACUGUGCAGCAUGCGCAGUUCAUCUUGUCCGGCCUUGGGCCAUGAGAAGGGCAGAGGGUUUUCUUUUCCUUGUGUUUGAUUUGCUGGGUGGCAUCAUGAUAGCUGACCCAGUUUUAGUAUUUUGGAAAUCCUGAGUGUGAUUCUCUAAUGGCCAACUGAAGACUGAGUAGCCCGACAGCCAUAUGGGUUUGUGAAUGUUCACUGUGGGUCAGGGAAGCAUUUGUGACUUUUGAACUUGAAAUGAAAAGAUUGAAUUUGAAGGCAUUUGCUUAUGUGGUUUGUCAAUUUAAAACUGCAGGACUCUAUUCUUGCCAUAUUCUCACACUUUGCUUAGAUGAAGCUCUUCGGGUAGUGAUGCUUCCCUCUCUGAGUGUAGAAGUGCCUGUGUUUUUAUUUAUUGUUCAGAUCAAAGACCAAAACAUUUUCUUAAAAAAUAUUUUGUGUAAUAUUUUAUUUGUAUACAGUGUUGUUUGUGAAAUAUUUAACUAGAGCAUGAUAUUUUAUUUUAUUUUUCUCAUUUUUUAAUUAGUUUUUUGAGAAUUUCAUACAACGUGUUUUGAUCACAUUCACUUCCCCCAACUCCUCCCAGAUCCAGCCCCCAGCAUGAUGUUUUAAAUGUUAAGCUGUAACAUAUGUUGAAUAAAGUUAACUCUUAUUUUUGAAUUUUAAAAUUUGGAUUGGGGGGUAUGAACUGCUACAGUCGAUAAAGUUCUGCCAAAUUACUGCUUACACCUUGUGUCUUGUAACAUGCUUUCUUGAAAUAGUUUUGUGUUUUAGAGGGUUCUCAUCUGUGCUACUGGGGACUGGGGAAAAAAAGGGGAAAUAAAGUGACUGUAUUUUUUAA